AUGGUUCUCUUCACAGUACCCGUCCUCCUUUCCCAAAUCUUCCUUGCAGCUGCCCACCCACUUCUAGAGCCGGUGAACAUCAAGUCCACCAGGUCUCUGUCCACGGCUGAGCUGAUCAGUCCCAACACUACCGCCUACAUCCAGGGACUCCAAAGCCUAUAUGCUAUCCCCGGUGUCGCGAUUGCAGUAGUCACUGCCCCCACGUUUGGAAGCAACAACGGGUCGUGGGCGAGCCAGUUACUCUCCUUUGGCAACGCCACGGCCGGCGGCAAGGCAGUGGACGAACACACCAUCUUUGCUCUAGGCUCCAACUCGAAGCUGUUCACUGCCCUCGCCAUUGAGCUCCUCAUCGCCAACCAAACCGUCCUUCCCAGCGGGAACGGUACGCUCAGCUUUGCGACCAAGAUUGCGGACAUCUUGCCCGAAUGGCAGCUCCAGGACAGCUACGCAUCGACCCACGUAGAUGUUACCGAUCUCCUUACCAUGCGCUCGGGAAUGCCACGCCACGACUUGUCAUACGCCGCCGACGCUACCAUGUCUGAGGUGGUGGCAAUGAUGCGCAACCUCCGGCCGUCCACUGAGAUCCGACAGGCCUUCCAGUACAACAACUUCCAUUACAUGACCCUGGCGUUAGUAGUAGAGCGCGUCUCGGGAACACCCUUUGCGAACUUUGUCCAAACCCACAUUCUUUCCCCGAUAGGAAUGAACGAGACGUACUACAACUCUACGACCGUCCUGGGUACCGGACACGCAGCGGACGGGUUCCAGAACACGGGUGUCAACCUUACCCACUGCUACGAGGCCUACGUGUCCUCGCAGGGCACCAUUGACCCGACGUGCUUUGGCAACCCCAAGUCGCUUGGAUGGUUUGCCGAUUCCGACGUGAGCGUCCUUGGGGGUGCAGGCGCUGUCGCCUCGACUGCGGCCGACAUGGCGCUGUGGCUCCGCGAGCUUCUUCAACCAGCGGUGCUCCCCGCGGGCAUUGUCCAGGACGUGUCCUUGGGUCGUGAAUCUAUGGGCCUCGGACCUGGCUCCCAGGUGAUGGGCGAGCAGACCUACGGGUACGGUCAACUCAGCUACUCGUAUCGCGGGAACGCCGUCGUGUACCAUACCGGCUCGGUGCCAGGCUUUGCGUCCGAGAUCAUGCGCCUCCCCGAUGCGGGGGUGGCUGUGGCUGUCCUCACCAACGGCGCAAGCAGUAUUACAGACUACAUUUGCUGGCAUAUCGUGGACCAACUUCUGGGUUUGGAGCCCAUUGACUGGUCUCAGGAGGUCUUGGCAGCGUCACUUCCUUCCUUUGGUAUCUCGGCCUACCCAUCUCCUCCAGCCGUCAACGUCACACCGCCCAGUGUCCCGUUUGACUCAAUUGCCGGCUCGUACACAGACGCCGGGUACGGUACUGUCAACCUCACCCUCAUGAAUGCCACUGCCAUGGCCACAGACCCAGUCUACACCCCGCUCUUUGUUGGCCCCGACCUCCCCAUCAACUUGACCGGUCCCGUUUGGGUGGCUGAUAUCAACAAGUUCUUUGGCUCAAAGCUCGUGUUCACCCAUUUCGAUGGCGACUUCUUCAACGCUACGGCCAUGUACGUCCGUGGAAACGUCUCAACCGUCCUGGGACCCGCCCCGGUGGUCGUUACAGGUGAUGGCAUUGGUGCAUGGGGUAUAUGGGGACAGGGUUCGACAGUGCCUACGAAACCGAUUGUGAUCGAGGGGGUCGAGGAGGCCUGUGAGGUCUGGUUCAAGAAGGACUGA